AUGGGUGGGGAUGCAAGUGCAGUCUCUUCUUCAGUACUGCCUCAUGCUUCACUCGCCCAUGACCAGGGACCUCUCCACCUUGCUAUCGUUGUCACACUAGUCUUGAUAGCGCUCGUCAUAUACUCGUUAAGGGUGUUUACACGCGCAAGGCUACUUCAUUCAUUUGGCUUUGAUGAUGGACUUAUGUUUCUGGCUGCGCUGUGCGCAGUAGGCGUUUUUAUUACGUUUACUGGAUUAGUAGAGCUAGGUCUCGGACGAGAAGAUCGAGACACUGCGUCUCCAGUCGAGAGCGAACGGUUGGGUCCAUGGAUCUGGGCACUAAACUCAGUCUAUAUCUUUGGGCUUGGGUUGGUAAAGCUGUCGGCUGCUUUCACGCUCUUGCCUGUAUCCAACUCUAGAUUCCACGCCUAUAUAUACAUUUGCCGCGGAGUGUUAAUCAUCGGAAUCAUGUUCUUGACAUUUUGGCAUACGCUCGAAUGGUUCGUCUCAAUUCUCAUUCAUUGCAUGCCUCUUGUCGCAGCUUGGGACUUCUCAUAUAGCGGGAACGCAAAAUGCAUGUCGCCAAUCGAAUCUCAGCAUUGGGCUAUGGCAAACUAUAUAACCAAUGCAACUACCAGUCUCUUGUUGGUUGUACUUGCGGUCCCUACCAUUAUCGGCUCAUCUUUUAAAACCGGCAUCAAAGUAUACCUCGCACUAGUAACGGUGUUAGCGCUUUUGUACGUCCACGUUUUUUCGCUUCGAAUGGUCAUCCUUUACUGGGCCGAAGUAGGGGAUCGAGGCAGAUACGAUUUGUCCUUCAUGACCUGGGGCACUGUCGAACUCACGACAGCUAUGAUAGCCGUGAAUCUUGGUACUUUGAUACCUCUUGGUGGAGCCAUCAAAACACCAACAACCGAGCCUCCGACUCGGCGCCCUCUACCCAAAAUCUCCGGUCCAGUAGCGGGAAGUGCUGUCCACGUAUCCCAUGGCGAUGUCGACUCCAUCUUCAAUGCCGAGCCCAGCACUUUCUCCGAAUCAAAACAGCGCAACAGUCGAUACUCUGGGCAAACAAUUAUGUAUCGCCCCAACACUGCAUACUUUCCCGCAAGUUACACUCACCCCGGUCUCACGCGCUUCCACGACGACGAAUCGAAUCUAGAUUUCGACAUCGAAACCCCCUCCACCCGGUCGACGCGCAAACUGAGGAAACCAUUUCCGCCUUCGCGCUUUUCUGGAUCGACAACGUAUACGGUUGACACGCGCCGAAUAAGUGAUUGGUCGCAACUAAGUGGAUUCACAUACUACUCGCAUGCAUCGUCGCUGGAGCUCAGUAACCCACAAGAGAGUACGAAUAGGAUGUCAGUUGGUCCAAAGGAGUUGGACGAAUUCAAUAUGCAUUUUGGGAGAGAUUCAGGGAGUGGAAGCAGUGAUGGUGAUCAGAACCAAGAGAUUCGUGUUGUUUCUGAUGAAGAGAGAAGGAGCGGAGGGUUUCCAACUAUCUUCCUGGAAGACGACGUGAGGCACGUAUACAGCCACAGGUGUUAA